GAAAUCAACGGCCUCGAUUUACAUUUAUUCCCUAAAACUUCCCGUCGAAAUUCACUUCUGCUCCUCUCACUCUUCCUCCCUGCCUACUAAAUCAGUACGUCGCAGAACCUAGCUUGCGUCGGACGAGAUGGCCACGAUCAAGGCUGUGAAAGCCCGUCAGAUCUUCGACAGCCGUGGAAACCCUACCGUUGAAGUUGAUGUUGUUCUCUCGGACGGGAGCGUCGCCAGAGCUGCUGUGCCCAGCGGUGCUUCAACUGGUAUCUAUGAAGCUUUGGAAUUGAGAGAUGGAGGAUCUGACUAUCUUGGGAAAGGUGUGCUAAAGGCUGUGGAAAAUGUGAAUACCAUCAUUGGACCUGCUUUGAUUGGCAAGGACCCAACCAAGCAGGCUGAAAUCGAUAAUUUCAUGGUACAACAGCUUGAUGGAACUGUAAAUGAAUGGGGAUGGUGCAAAGAGAAGCUCGGAGCAAAUGCUAUAUUGGCUGUUUCUCUUGCUGUUUGUAAAGCAGGUGCUAUGGUGAAAAAGAUUCCCCUGUAUCAGCACAUUGCCAAUCUUGCUGGUAACAAGAAUCUCGUCCUGCCUGUACCUGCAUUCAAUGUUAUCAAUGGAGGUUCACAUGCUGGGAAUAAACUGGCGAUGCAGGAAUUCAUGAUUCUACCUGUUGGAGCAUCUUCCUUCAAAGAAGCCAUGAAGAUGGGCGUAGAGGUGUAUCAUCACCUGAAGGCUGUUAUUAAGAAGAAGUAUGGACAGGAUGCUACCAAUGUUGGUGAUGAAGGUGGCUUUGCUCCAAACAUUCAGGAAAAUAAAGAGGGCCUUGAGCUGCUAAAGACAGCUAUAGCUAAAGCCGGAUAUACUGGAAAGGUUGUUAUUGGCAUGGAUGUUGCUGCUUCUGAGUUCUACGAUAUCAAUGAUAAAACCUAUGACUUGAAUUUCAAGGAAGAGAACAAUGAUGGAUCACAGAAAAUUUCAGGAGACAGUUUGAAGAAUGUUUACAAGUCUUUUGUGACUGACUAUCCAAUUGUCUCAAUUGAGGACCCAUUUGAUCAGGAUGAUUGGGAGCACUAUGCAAAGUUGACAUGUGAAAUUGGUGAGGAGGUUCAGAUUGUUGGUGAUGAUCUCCUAGUCACAAACCCUAAGCGUGUGGAGAAAGCAAUUAAGGAGAAGACUUGCAAUGCCCUGCUCUUGAAGGUGAAUCAAAUUGGUUCUGUCACUGAGAGUAUUCAAGCUGUGAAGAUGUCUAAGCAUGCUGGUUGGGGUGUCAUGGCAAGCCACCGAAGUGGUGAAACUGAGGAUACCUUCAUUGCAGACCUUUCGGUUGGGUUGGCAACAGGUCAGAUCAAGACUGGUGCUCCUUGCAGAUCAGAACGUCUUGCUAAGUACAACCAGCUUCUCAGGAUAGAAGAAGAACUAGGAUCUGCAGCAGUCUAUGCUGGGGCAAAGUUCAGAGCACCAGUGGAACCUUACUAACUUCUUUGAUAGCUGCACGGUUUGCAAUAAGCAUCAUCGUACUAGUUUCGAAGUUUGACCCAUCUCAACUAUCAGGAGACUCUUAAAACUUUUUAAGCUAUCUCGUCUCUCCUAGUAGUGAAUUAUCAGUAUGUUUGCUAGUAAAGAGGUUGUGGAUGUUUUGUGCGGUAAGAUGUUUUUUGUGUGGCUUUGCUUUCUUUUAUGCAGAUCAUGUUUUGUUUAAACUUCGUUUCAGUUUUGAGGUACUUAAAGACUAUCGGAUAGCUAUUUUCUGCAU